AUGGAGGUUAAUUUCAAUACUUUGGUGAUAACAAUAAUAAUAUUCUUUAUUUUAUUUUCUUCGCCGGGCGGGGAUGGAAUUUCGUCUCAAUACGAAUUUAAUCAGUUGCAACUAUGCAAAGAACAAUAUAAAAAUGAGUACGAAUCUUUCAAGAACACCACAAUAACAAGCAAUUUUAGGAAUAUAACAGGGCUAAAACUAAGCUACGAGGACUCUCUAAAUGAUCCAGAUCUUAAUGCUACGUACCCAAUUGAAGGUAAGGACUACGAUAACUGGCUUCAUAACCAAAAUUACAUGCUCCUGCCUAAUGAGGUUAUUAGCAAUAUAAAACAUAACAUAUGGAAUGAUUCAACAUACAAAGAGAAGGAUAUACUAUUUCCCAAAAAUAUAACUAGUUUACUGAAAGGUGAAACGUUAGUAAUAGGGAAUGAGUACACUCCGAUCAAGAUGCCUAUUCCCUUAUUUUAUAGAUCAGCUAUAGACUUUGUGGACAACAAGCCUCCAGAUGGAGAAAUGUACUUCAAAAAUCCCUCUGCGAUUACCAAUAUGACCUACGACAGUGGAAAGAUGAGCAUAAGUGUCUCACAUCUUGAUCUAGUCUCAGAUACAAUUAAUGGCCCCGACAAUCGAUUGUUUAACUCGAAUCCGAAUUGGAAAAUGCUAGCAGCUAAUAUUGAAUUUCACGACUAUGAUGAACACGAGAAAGUAAGUUUUAGCUCCUUGGGUCUAUAUCAUGUUGAGACUGGAAGAGUAUUGUUUAUGAGCUCAAGCGCCAAGUUUCACCCAUUAUUUGCCUUUCCCCAUUACAUGGAAUAUAUGGAGGAUAACUUGGAUAAAAACUCUGAGAUAUUCUCUGAUGUGAAGAAUCUAAUAUCAGAAUAUUGGGAAACCAAAAAGGUUGUAGAUACAUUAACAAUGCAUUCACUAAACACUUUUUAUGAAAAUUCAAUGAAUAGGUGUGAAUACAUGAUAUUUUUGCAGUUAGAACCAUGGGAGGGUUAUACAGAAGACCAAUUACAAAUGAUUGAGGAUGAGUUGACCUGGCCAAUGGGAAGACCAGCUAACCUAAGUAGCAUGCCUCCUAUAUCAAUAAAAAGUGGACAAGUUUACUCACCUGAUUGUGGCUAUACGUUUUCAUUGGAAAAGGUGCAUGGUAUCAGGUAUGAAUUAUUAGUUAAAACUAUUAGAUCGCAUGUUAUUUUUGGCACAUUCUUGUUUAUUUGCCAAGUGUUCUUGCUGAUUCGCCAAAUGCAACACACAAACACUCCAUCUGUAAUUAACAAGUUAUCCUACACUUCCUUUUUCAUGAUUAAUCUAAUGGAUGGAUCACUUGCUAUGGUAUACUUUGCCACUGCUAACUCUUAUCCGGAGUUGUAUUUGCCAUUGGUUUCAAGUGCAUUUGUGUCAUACAUACUAAGCACCAUUUUUGAAAUGAGGUACAUCAUAUCUAUUUUUGCAUCUCAAGUUAAUGAGGUGGGUAUUAGUAUUAUGACUUUGCUUAGAGGAUCUCAUCAAUCAGACGAAGAGCAACAAAACACUAGAAACGUUGUUAUACCCGAUGAAGCUGCUAUAGCCAACGAACACUACGGUAAGUUUUUCACCGCCAUGCUAAUUUUACUGUUCCUAAUAAUUCUCUCGACAUCGUGGCCUCGACCAUUGAGGUUGAUAAGUGAGUAUAUUGCGAUAUUUGUGUUCAACUCCUACUGGGUGCCUCAAAUUGUAAGAAACUGCAUAAAGGGAUUACCCUCAAGAAAAGAAAGAAGGAGGUCAAUUACAUUAAUGAAUAGGAGAAUGCAUAAAUGGCCGUUACUAUGGCAAUUCAUUUUGGGAACUACAACCAUUAGAUGCAUUCCUAUUAUAUACAUAUUUUCAUACCCAUCCAAUGUGUUCAGACAUCACAAAGAUAGCAAGGUUGUGAUUUUGCUCAUACUAUGGCUGCUAUUUCAGAUAUCUGUGUUAUAUUCGCAAGAUAUUUUGGGAUCACGUUGGUUCUUACCAAAACAUUCGAUACCAGAAGAAUACUCUUAUCACCGCGUGGUAUCGCUACAACAUCUUAUGGAGCAUGGUGGAUCAGAGAAUCACACAGUUGAUUGCGCCAUAUGUAUGGCUGAAUUUCCUGUCUACGUUGAGGAACUACCCGAAACUCACCAAGUAGAUAAGGACUCCUACAUGAUUACACCUUGUGAUCACAUGUUCCAUACCUCAUGUCUUGAGAGUUGGAUGAGUUAUAAACUUCAAUGUCCGGUUUGUAGAUCUCCGCUACCACCAUUGUAA